CCCCCCAGGUGCUAGCGGUAGACCCAGACGAUGGGGACAAUGGGACAGUGGUGUACAGCAUCAGCCCAGAGAACCCCUUCUACACCAUCAAUAGCAGCACAGGAAAGAUCAGGACCAGCGGGGUUGUGCUGGACAGAGAGAGCUCCAACCCCAAAGACACACUGCUCAUGAGGACCAUCAUCGUGUCUGCUGUUGACAUUGGCAGACCUCCACUGCGAUCCUCAUUCAGCACCACGGUGUACGUCAACCUACUGGACCUGAAUGACAAUGACCCCACCUUCCUUAACCUGCCCUUUGUGGCCGAGGUGCCAGAAGGUCUGCCUAGUGGAUCCUCUGUGUUCAAGAUCCAGGUGGAUGACCCUGAUGAGGAGGAGAAUGGUAUGGUUACCAUGGCGCUACAGGUGGGCAUGCCACGCCUUGACUUCUAUCUCAACAGCACCACGGGCGUGCUGUACUCCACAGCAACGCUGGACCGUGAGCAGAUUGGCCUGUACCACCUGAGGAUUGUGGGAUACGACCAAGGGCAGAACCCGCGCACCUCCACCAGCACCCUCACCAUCACAGUCCUAGAUGCCAACGACGAGACCCCCACGUUCUUCCCCAAAGUGUACAAUGUGUCCCUGCAGGAGAGCGUCCCUAGGGACGAUGUGGUGGCUCACCUCAACUGCUUUGACAACGACUCCGGCCUCAACGCUGAGCUCAGCUACUUCAUCACAGGUGGUAACCAGGAUGGUAAAUUCAGUGUUGGCUUCAGAAAUGGUGUGGUCCGGACUGUGGUUGCCCUGGACAGAGAGACACAGGCUGCAUACACACUGGUCAUAGAGGCUAUCGACAAUGGUCCAUCAGGCAGCAGGAGGACAGGCACAGCCACAGUGUUUGUAAAAGUACUGGAUGUGAACGACAACAGACCCAUCUUCCUCCAGAACAGCUACGAGACCAGCAUACUAGAGAAUGUCCCCAUAGGAACCAGCAUCCUGCAGGUGCAGGCCACAGAUGCAGACCAGGGGGAGAACGGCAGGGUUUUGUACAAGAUCCUCUCUGGAAACAGUAAAAGUCUGUUUAGCAUCAAUGAGCACUCGGGGCUCGUGACGCGGGGCCAGAGGGCUCUGGACAGAGAGAGCAGCAGCUCCCACGUGCUAGAGGUAGAGGCCUACAACAGAGACCAAGGCAGGAUGAGGAGCUCCGUACGGGUGAUAGUGUAUGUGGAAGACGCCAACGACGAGCCACCAGUGUUCACCCAACAGCAGUACAACCGCCUGGGCCUAAGGGAGACCGCUGGCAUUGGCACCUCUGUCAUCGUAGUCCGAGCCACAGACCCCGACACCGGUGAUGGCGGGGCGGUGGCCUAUGCCCUCGUCUCCGGGUCCGACCAUAAGUUCGAUGUGGACGUGAGCACGGGCCUGGUGACCACUGUAGACUACCUAGACUACGAGACCAAGACCAGCUACCUGAUGAACGUGUCGGCUACUAACCAGGCACCGCCGUUCCACCGUGGCUUCUGCACGGUCUACGUGACUUUACUUAAUGAGCUGGACGAGGCAGUGGCGUUCUUCUCUGCGGGCUACGAGGUGUCACUCCUCGAGAACAUCGCCACGGGAACAGAGGUGGUGCAGGUACAGGCGCAGUCGGCGGACAACCUCAACCAGCUGUCGUAUCGCUUUGACCCGGACACAUCGCCAGCCGCCCUCACGCUUUUCAAGAUUGACAGUAUCACGGGUCGUAUCACAGUCAAAGGGCUGCUGGACAGAGAGAAGGGGGAUCUCUACACCCUGACUGUAGUGGCUGACGAUGGGGGACCAAAAAAAGACUCCACUGUGGUGUCAAUCACCAUACUGGAUGAGAAUGACAACAGUCCCGAGUUUGAUAUCACAUCUGAUUCGUCGGUGGAGAUUCCAGAGAACACGCCCAUCGGGAAGAGAGUGGCUGUGGUGCUGGGGCGCGACAAAGAUGCUGGGAAUAAUGCACUGGUGAACUUCAGUCUGGUGGCAGGGAACAUGCAGGAUGUGUUUGAGAUCCGGACAGUGAACCACACCAAUGGAGAGAUCUACGUCAACUCCCCUCUGGACCGAGAGUCUGUUGACCGCUACCUGCUCAAGGUGCGUGCCAUGGACAGCGGUGUGCCUCCCCACUACAGCGACCUCUCUCUCACUGUCAACAUCCUGGACGUCAACGACAACACACCCAUCAUCGAGAGCCAGGGGGGCUACAACGUCAGCAUCAGUGAAAAUGUGGGGGGUGGUACGUCCGUCCUGCGCGUGGUGGCCACAGACCAUGACAUCGGGACAAACGCCAUGCUCUUCUACUACAUCACCUCGGGUAACCAGGACCUCACCUUCCGUAUGGACCGCAUGACAGGUGAGAUGACAACCCGACCAUGCCCACCCGACCGUGAGCGCCAGCAGGAGUACCGGCUGACCGUGAUGGUGGAGGACGACGGCACACCUCCACUAUCGUCAUCGACCACCAUCUACGUGCAUAUAGUGGAUGAAAACGACAACGCGCCAGAGUUUCCAGAGGAGGAGUAUGUGACGGUGCUGAGCGAGGGCCCCGACACCUUGGGGGCCACCAUUGCCACAGUAACCGCCAUCGACCCAGACGAGGGCCUCAACGGCACCCUCCGAUACACCAUCGACCACGGCAACCUGGCCCUCACCUUCUGCAUCAAUCAAACUACCGGAAAGAUUGUUGCAGUGAAGGAGCUGGACUUUGAGAUCAGCAAUGGACACUACGCACUUGUCGUCACAGCAACAGACCAGUGUCCCAUCCAUGCCCUCCGCCUGACAUCCAGCACUACGGUGUUGGUGAAUGUCCUGGAUGUGAACGAUGUGACCCCCACCUUCCCCAAGGUCUAUGAGGGGCCCUUUAAGAUAACAGAGGGCCAGCCGGGGCCCCGGGUCUGGACCCUCAAAGCCACUGACCAAGACUCUGGACUCAACGGCAAAGUGGAGUACAGCAUCACUGCCGGAGACCCCCAGAAUGAGUUUGUGAUAUCUCCAGUGGAGGGAGAGCUGCGUGUGAGGAGAGAUGUGGAGCUGGACAGAGAGACCACACCCUUCUACAACAUCACUGUCAUGGCAAAAGACCUGGGCAAACCACCACGCAGCAGCAUGGUGGUGGUGGGUGUCCAUGUUCUGGACAUCAAUGACAAUGACCCCGUGCUGCUCAACCUGCCCCAUAACACCAGUGUGAGCGAGGGGGCGUCCGUCUACACCUCGGUGGCCAGGGUCAGAGCGCAGGAUGUAGACAGUGGACGCAACGCCCUACUCACCUACAACAUCACUGCUGGAAACCGCUACGGCGCCUUCUACAUCAAUGACACUACAGGGGUGGUGCAGGUGAACAGGCCUCUGGACAGAGAGAGGGUGGCAGAGUACAGACUGGCCAUUACAGUCAAAGACAACCCUGAGAACUCCCGCAUCGCUCGCCGGGACUCAGAACUGCUGGUGAUCACAGUUUUGGAUGAGAAUGACAACAGGCCCAUAUUCACACAGACCAGCUACCGGGCUGAGAUCACUGAGAACUCCCCCACAGGCAGUGCUGUGUCAAUGUUGAACGGACCUGUGUUGGCUGAGGACAAAGACAUUGGGCCCAACGCUGUGGUCAGGUACCAUCUGCUGGGAACAAGACAGGACCUCUUCACUGUGGACUCUGAUACAGGUGUGGUGCGUGUGCGACAGGUGGCGCUGUUGGACCGCGAGAUGUUUGUGGAGCCUCGGGUGGAGCUGUUCCUGGUGGGGGAGGAUGUGUGGGGUCUCAACAGCAGUGUACCCCUCACUGUGACAAUCCUGGAUCAGAACGACAACCCCCCUGUCUUCAACCCCCCCAGCCUAACUGUGCACCUUCCUGAGAACAGCCCCACUGGUGUGGUGGUGACCCAGCUGUCUGCUAGUGACGCUGAUUCAGGCUCUAACGCCUGGCUGCUCUACCGGCUGGAAAGUGGCGCGCAGGACCGCUUCAUAGUCGACUCCCUGUCUGGCGCCAUUCUGGUGGGCAACGCCAUCCUCGACCGUGAGGAGCGCGGUUCCUACCGCCUGGUCAUCUUGGCUACAGACCGCGGCACGCCCUCGUUGUCGGGCACUGCCACCCUGUCGGUCAUCCUGGAUGAUGUCAACGACUCACGACCGCGUUUCAUUGAACCCGUGACGACUAUCAAUGUAAACGAGUCUACACCGCCAGGCGUGGUGGUGGCUACGCUCGCCGCCGAGGAUCAUGACCUACGACCCCGGCUGGAAUAUUACAUAAUCUCUGUGGAGGCCAAGGAUGAUGGGAAUAACCCUGUAGAUGGGCUGCAAGAGUCUUUCGGCAUCGAUUUCCACACGGGUGCUGUGUUUGUGCAUAACCCACUCAACAGAGAGCUGGUGGCCACAUUUGAGAUCCUUGUGUCGGUGCAUGACAAUGCCAGUGAUGUCAUCGACAUGUCAGUCAGCGUACCUAAUGCGAGACUGACAGUGAACGUGCUGGAUGUGAAUGACAACGCCCCGCGGUUCAGACCCUUUGGAGUGGCCAACUUCUCAGAGAAGAUUCUGGAAGGGGCUCAGCCAGGCACCACUCUGCUGUCGGUGUCAGCCGUGGACCCAGACAAAGGCCCUAAUGGACAGGUCAUCUACCAGCUGCUACACCUGCCCCGAGGGGACUACCUCAGACUGGAGGACCCCUCUACUGGUAAGAUCGUAGCCAACCGGACAGUGGACUUUGAGCAGGUGCAGUGGCUGAACUUCACAGUGAGAGCUCAGGACCACGGCAGUCCACCCAGAGUGGCUGAGCUUCCUGUCUACCUACGUAUAGUAGACAUCAAUGAUAACAAGCCCAUCUUUACACAACCCUCUUACCAGAAGCCAGUGUUUGAGGAUGUUGACUUGGGCACGGUCAUAGUGACAGUCAGUGCCACAGACGCAGAUUCGGGCCUCUUCUCUGUCAUCGAGUACGGCCUGGUAGACGGAGAGGGCAAGUUUGGCAUCACUCCCUCCACUGGUGACAUCUACAUUCUGUCUCCACUGGACAGGGAGACUAAAGACCACUACACCCUGACGGCCAUAGCUAGGGACAACCCUGGGGGCAGCCCCAACAACCGACGGGAGAAAUCUGUUCAGGUCUUGGUGACCGUUCUGGAUGUGAAUGACUUCCGUCCACGGUUCUCAGAUCAGGUCUUUGAGACCAGUGUGUUUGAGAACGAGCCCAGUGGGACAUCUGUGAUCACGCUGACUGCCAAUGACCUGGAUGAGGGGGAGAACGGUCUGCUGUACUACAGCCUGCAGGGCCCAGGGGCAGAUGCCUUCUCUCUGGAGGCUGACACGGGCCUGGUGCGUUCUCUCCGUCUGCUGCAGUCUUUUGAGUGCUUUAACCUGACGGUGGUGGCUACAGACCAGGGCAAACCACCCCUCUGGGGCACCGCCACCUUACACAUCAUCAUCAUAGAUGUCAACGACAACAGGCCCAUGUUCGUCAGGCCCACCAACGGCACCAUCAUGCACAUCAUGGAGGAGCAGGCCCCAGGCCUGCUGGUGUACGAGGUGUUUGCGACAGAUGGGGAUGAGGGGGUGAAUGGAGAGGUGCGCUAUGCAUUCCUCCAGACAGGCGCUAGGAACAGAGAUUGGGAGAACUUCCACAUUGACACUAUUACAGGAGUUAUCACCACCGCCGUCAAACUGGACCGAGAGAAGCAGGCCCUGCACAGCCUGAUUGUUGUGGCCUAUGACCUAGGUCAGCCCGUGCCUUAUGAGACAACCCAGCCCCUACAGGUGGCGCUGUUGGACAUCGAUGACAACGAGCCUGUCUUCUUCAAGCCCCCGCGAGGCAGCCUACCGUACCAGACUCUGUCUGUGGCAGAGCACUCUACUCCAGGGACAGUAGUGGGUAAUGUGAAAGGAGCUGUGGACGCCGACGAAGGCUCAAACGCUGUAGUCUACUACUUCAUAGCAGGGGGAGAUACUGAGGGGAACUUUGGCCUGAACCCAGGGGGCAUACUGAAGGUGAAGAAGGAUCUGGAUCGUGAGGACAUCUCAGUAUACUCCAUCAUCGUCAAGGCCUCCAGCCACAGGAAUUGGGUCCCACCCAGGGAUCAGAGGUCAGCCCGGGGCAGAGCCCUUGACCCCAGCCAUGACCCCACCCUGCAGGAGAUCAGAAUCUACCUGGAGGACAUCAACGACCAGCCACCGCGCUUCACCAAGCUGGAGUACACUGCAGGUGUGGCAGCUGAUGCCAAGGUGGGCUCAGAUCUGAUCCGGGUACAGGCCAUAGACAACGACAUAGGGAACAACAGCCUGGUGCUGUACCAUGUCCUGUCCAUUCGCUACAUUAAACUCCAGUCCAAUGACUCUGAGGACAUAGGAAAUGUCUUCAUCAUAGGAGAGACAGAUGGGAUCGUCCGCACCUUUGACCUGUUCACGGCCUACGACCCGGGCUACUUCAUGGUGGAGGUAUUGGCACGGGACCUGGCGGGCCACAGUGACAUCACCAUGGUGGACAUCUACAUCCUGCGGGACAACCAGCGGGUGAAGAUCAUCAUCAACGAGAUACCCAAGCGGGUUCAACAGUUCCAGGAGGAGUUUAUCAGCCUGCUAUCCAACAUCACCAGAGCCAUAGUCAACACGGACGAUAUGCAGUUCCACGUGGACAAGAAAGGCAGAGUGAAUUUUGCCCAGACAGACAUGCUCAUACAUGUGGUCAACAAGCAGACCAACCGCAUCCUGGACGUGGAAAAGGUGAUUCAGAUGAUUGAUGAGAACAAGGACCAGCUGAGGAACCUGUUCAGGAAUUACAACAUCCUGGACGUCCAGCCUGCCAUCAGCAGGAGAACACCUGAUGACCUCACAACGCUACAGAUGGCCAUCAUUAUCCUAGCUGUGUUGCUCUUCUUGGCAGCCAUGUUGUUCAUCUUCACGAACUGGUACUAUCGCACAGUACACAAGAGGAAGCUGAAAGCCAUUGUAGCAGGAUCCACAGGAAACCAAGGUCUAAUGGACAUCCUGGAUAUGCCCAACACCAAUAUAUAUUCAUUUGAGGGGGCCAACCCUGUUUGGCUGGACCCAUUCUGUCGGAACCUGGAGCUAGCUGCCCAGGCAGAUAAUGAAGAAGACCUGCCAGUGAACCUCAGUGAGAUCACUGACCUGUGGAACAGCCCUGCUCGGACUCACGGAACGUUUGGCCGCGAGCCCCAGGCCAAGCCUGAGGAUGACCGCUACCUGAGGGCAGCCAUCCAGGAGUACGACAAUGUCGCCAAGCUGGGCCAGAUUAUGAGGGAAGGGCCCAUUAAGGGCUCACUGCUCAAUUGGGUUUUGGACAACUACCUGAGGCUCAAAAAGCUAUUUGCAGCCAGACUGGUUACCAAGUCGACCAGCCAAUGCGACCAAUCGUCAGUCAUAGAGGUGGAACGUGAGAAAAAGCAGCUGAUCCAGAGUGACCUGGAUGAUGACGAGGAUGACCGUGUGGGCAUGGGUGACAGCUGGGGCACGCUGCGCUUCAGACACAAGCUCCCCGUUGAGAUGAGGGGGCCCGACGGCGUCCACAGCAGCACGGGCACACUCCUAACCUCUGACCUCAACAGCCUGCCCGAGGACGACCAGCGGGCCCUGGCAGGCUCCACAGAGGCACUGAACAUCACCGAUGGCGGGUUGUACGCCGAGCGCAACACCCGUACCGAGUCAGCCAUGUCCACACCGCUGCACCGUAACAAGGAUACUGACACGCUGACCGAGAGCCCACUGGAGAUCACAGAGUUAUGACUAGCCGAGGCCUCGCUGGUCUGAGAAGAGACACGACUGAGUGGAGUGUCCUACUGCUGUCCCCCUGCCUUCUCCCCUAUCCUCUCCUCAAAAACUGAGGUUCAGACACUGACCACUGUGACCAGGAUACAGCCAGGGGAGAUUGGGGAAAGCGGGUAGAGGGCCAGGGGUUGGAGGAGGUGGAGUGUGUGCAGUCUGGGAAUUUAAAAUGUCAGUGAAGAUCUUCGUGAGCCAUGGAUGGCGUGUGUGAGGGAUCCCUUCAAAGAUGGAUAUUAAUUUGGUUUAAUGUCUGAUUGUGGACCAGUUGCAAAGACUUAGGGGCUCCUGAGUGGCGCAGUGGUCUAAGGCACUGCAUCUCAGUGCUAGAGGCUUCACUACAGACAUCCUGGUUUGAAUCCAGGCUGUAUCACAACCAGCCGUGAUUGGGAGUCCCAUAGGGCGGUGCACAAUUGGCCCAGCGUCGUCCGGGUUUGCGCCGGAGUAGACCGUCAUUGUAAAUGAGAAUUUGAACUUAACUGACUUGCCUAGUUAAAUAGGUAAAAUAAAAAAAAUUGUGUCAAGCGAAGACCUGGAACAUAGAAUAGCAGACCAAAUUGAAAGACUACUAAGAUUAAAAAUGGUGAAAAAUAAUACACUAUGGCCAGCUUGUCUUGGACAUCUCUUGCAGGACACCAUUUGGUCUCCUACAGUCAUUCUAAGAUGGAGGCCAAUACUGCCUUUAUAAGGGGAGACCUGUCCAAUAACAGCCUACUGUCAGACAGAAGUACAGUGUCCUUCUGGAGUUAUGUCCUAGGUUGCACACACUCUCACAAAAAAAAGCCAGACCAGCGAACGGCCAACAAAUGGACUGUCAAAAAUAGUUGAACAUGACAUAAUGGGUUUUUUUUUUUUUACUGUAAAAGAGGUAAGAGAUGAGCACUUAUUGGGUGAGGAAGGGAAGAGGGUAUACAUAAGGACAUUCUUUGAAUUGAAAGGACUUGAGGUCUGGAUAUGGGGACUGCAGUGCCCUUCUGUUCUCUCCCAAUGAAUGGGUUGUCUUGGGUAUCCUGAAUUUGGAGACCUAACUGGACACCAACAGACAUAGGUCUCCAUCAUGAUAUUUGACUAAAAAAGGACUACAGGACUUGUUUAAUGAUGUCAUCAUUGAGGAGCACAGACGAAGAUGAGGCUUUGUCUGGAUAUUAGCACAAGAGACAUUAAUAAAUAAACCCACUCUGCUAUGGUGGCCAAGUAGCCUGGUUAAACCAGACUAAACGCUGAGCUGUAACACUGUAACAUCUGUUUUGCGUGCCAGGCUAGUGGCCCAGCAGAGCAGCUCUAGGACUGGAUGAACCAAUAAUAAAAGAGAACACUCACUGUUACUCAAAGAGUACACUGAUAGACAGAGCCACAGCAAGUGCAUCAAUACAGUUCCUCGCUUCAAGUUACAUGGGCAAUAAAAACAAUAAUUGGGAGUGGAACAAUGCCUCAGUAUGGAACUGGAAGCCUUAUCUUCAGGCAAAAUUCAAUCCAUAGCACUGAAGAUCUGCGGUAUAGCAAGAUUGAGCUGAUAUAUGCAGUGUUUACCGUGAAUGCAGUCUCUGAGAACUGGGUUUUUAAAUUUCAAUCGCGCUAUACCCCGGAUCUUCAGCCCUAUGGACUGAAUCUAGCCCUUGGAUUGCCAGAAGGGGUAAGGGUGGGAGUACAUAUAUAUAAAAAAAUAAAAGAAAAAGAGGGUAUGCUGCCCCACAAAAAAAACUUGACAUUGCCACCAGAGUGAGUUCAUGGUCAAAAUGAGCAGGAUUUGCUUUAUUGUGUAAAGCAAAAAUAUAUAUAAUAAAAAAUGACCCGAAGAAAAAAAUGCUCUUACCAAAAUGGGUAGACAAAAUGGAUGUUUGAAAUAUGUGUACUACAUUGUACUUUGGAGACAUUUGUUGGGUUUCCUUUUGAAUAGCAACCGUUUCCCGACCUGAGUGUUAUGCAUGAUUUAUUUUUAUAUUCCCAUUUUGAACAUUUUCAUUUGUCAUUGUCACCCAGCCCUGAGUUACGUGUUGAGCAAUGUUGUUGUGGAUGAUCUGUGAUAAAUAAAAAAUAAAAAUAUGAAACUG